AUGUGGCGGACGCUGGCCCUCGCCUCCGCCUUCUUCCCGGGGCUCUUCGUCCUCUGCAUCCGGUUACUGCACUGGGCCGCCCCGGGAUGGAGCCUCAAGGACCGCAUCCUCCUCAGCGGCAGGUUGGUGUCAACAGUCCAAGCCACGAUGGCGACAGUAUCGGGGAUCAUGGUUGUCCUUAACUGCAAGGAUGUGGUUCAUGACAGGCACUGGCUGGCUGUGGAGUACAUCUGGGUCCUUGUUCCCUACAUGACCUACGACAUUUACGUCAUGUACCUCUGCCACUGGCACAAGAGCCAGGAGAGGGGAGUCGUGGAGAAGAAGCACUCCCUGGCCAGUGUGUGGAGCUUCCUUCUGCAGGAGCGGCUGAUGGUGACCCACCACCUCUUCAUCCUCAUCGUGCUCACCCCCAUCACCCAGCACUUCAGGGGAGAGCUGGGGGACUUCUUCGUGGGCUGCAUCUUCAUAGCAGAGCUGAGCACUCCUUUCGUAUCACUGGGCAAAAUCCUCAUGCAGCUCAAAAUGCAGGACACCCUCCUGCACAAGGUGAACGGAGUCCUCGUCCUGGUGACCUUCUUCCUCUGCCGUAUUCUCCUCUUCCCCUUCAUGUAUGCGGCCUAUGGCAGGCAGGUGGGAAUCCCUGUUUACAUGGUGCCCUUCCGCAUCCCCCUGCACUGCAACAUCGCCAACGCCUCCCUCAUCGCCCCCCAGCUCUACUGGUUCAGGCUCAUCUGCCGCAAAGCCGCUCGCCUCUACGGCCGCUCCCCCGCCGACAAGGGCAGAUAA